AUGGCAGCGUCCGCCCCGGCGACUGCAGAACUCUUUUACCCCGCGCCUCUUUUCGGGCAGCGGCAGCAGCAGCAGCAGGAAGCGGUCGCCGUGCCGCUGGCCAAGACGGAGCAAGAAGCCGCCCCAACGACCGAGGCGGUGGAGGUGGACGCCCCUGCCUCCGACACCGGCAGCACACCGCAGCAUAGUGGCAGCAACCCGGGCAGCCUGGACGACCGGCUCACGCCGUUCCCACCAUACCACGAGCCCGAAGAGAGCAUCUACGAAGACAGCGUUGAUGUCGUCCAUGUCGUCAUGACCGGUCCGAACGGCCUCCCUGACGACUCGGCCGAACGGCCACCCACUCCCCUCUCCGUCUCCGGUCGGCAGACACCACCGCCGCCAGGCCUAGCCGCACCAGCCGAACUGGUGGCCGCGACACAGCCGGCAGAACACACAGAACCUGCAGGGACUUUGGAGAAACUGCUUGCCACCGUCCGCCAACCCCUGUCACCGCCCUACUGGAUGCACAGCCGCGGCAGCGACGGUGCCGACACCAUAGGCGACGCCGUCACGGCGCCCAGUGUCCGGCCAUCAGCCGGGGCCACGCCGCCUCCCUCCAUCAACUCCGCUGCUUCGACGCCACGGCUGACGUCACAGCCUACAUACCGCCUCGGUGCCCUGUCGCUUCCCGUCUUCCGGCCGCCCUGGUCACCGUCGUGGCCGGGUGGUGGCAGUCGCCCGAGCCAACCCGCCGGAAGACCAGACGACGCCGCCCUUCUCCACGACCACGACAGCUCUGCCUCCUCGGCCAACUUCAUCACACUGCAGGACAACGACGCCCUGUCGGAGGAGGGCGGUGACGAGAACGAAGACGGCCUUCGCAGACGGAUGUGCACGGGCGCCAAUGAUGGCAGCUGCAACAAUAGCAACGGCCUCAUCACAACGCCUGCCUCCCGCUGCUGGGCCCAGCGCGUCGACGUGACCGGCUUCGUCGUCGUGGGCGGCCGUGGCGGCGGCUUGGUCACCGGUGGCGGCAGCAGCAUCGGUGGUGGCAAUACCGGCAGCGGCAUGGGCGCCCACAGCCUCGGCUCGUUUGUCGUCUGGACGAUCCGCGUGCAGACGCUGCAGGGCGGCGCGCCGCUGUUGGUGCACAAGCGCUACUCCGAGUUCGACGCGCUGCGGCGCCGCCUGGUCACCAGCUUCCCGACCUCCUGUGCCGCCAUGCCGCCGCUGCCUCCAAAGAGCGUGCUCAACAACUUCCGCCCGAGCUUCCUCGAGCAACGCCGGCUCGGCCUCCAGUACUUCCUCUACUGCAUCCUUCUCAACCCUGAAUUCUCUGGGUCGCCCGUGCUCAAAGAGUUCCUCUUUUCCUGA